UUUUGGCCCAGAGGGAAAGAAAUAUCAGAAAUGGGCCGAACGACCUUCAUGUCUUCCAUUUGAAGCCCAUAGCCCCAAGUCUUGUAACGUUUUCUUUCAUUGGCAUUGACAGCACAAUUUCCCACAAAUCCGCAAUCCCCGAUCUUAUUCGUCACGUUUUCACUUCUUCUGUAUAGCCUUGUUCCAACUUCCAACAAUGCCUUCCUGAAUCUGAUGCUGAAGCUCUGUAAUUACCAUAAUCACCAUCAUCAUCCAAAAUCAGAGAAUGAAGCUUGUCUUUUCCAUCCUAUUCCUCUCUGUCAGUUUUUCUACUUUUCUUCCUCUUGCCAUUGCCAGAGGCGGCCUUAAUAACUCUAAUCCUCCAGGCCUCGAAUAUGGUCCUGGCACUGGUUCCGGAAGGCACUUGUUUGAGGAUGACGAAUCUGAGACACGUGUGGAUGUAGCUCAAGGCUACAUGACCAAUACUGAGCUGGAACGGGCCAUUAAGGCAUUCGGCCAAAGAUGCAGUAACAUUUCUAGGGUGUACAGUAUCGGGGAGAGUGUGAAUGGGGUUCCUCUGUGGGUAAUAGAAAUUUCUGAUAAGCCUGGGGAGGAAGAGCCUGAACCUGCAUUUAAGUACAUUGGAAAUGUGCAUGGAGAUGAACCUGUAGGUCGUGAGCUUCUAAUGCUACUAGCAAAUUGGAUAUGUGACAACUAUUUGAAAGAUCCCUUGGCAACAUCGAUUGUUGACGGUGUGCAUCUUCAUAUACUGCCGUCUAUGAAUCCCGAUGGGUUUUUAUUAAGGAGGCGUGGUAAUGCAAAUAAUAUUGAUCUUAAUCGAGAUUUUCCAGACCAGUUCUUUCCGUUUAAUGAUUAUGUGAAUGGGCGACAACCUGAAACAAGAGCAAUAAUGAAGUGGUUGAGAGAGAUACAAUUUACUGCAUCUGCCAGCUUGCAUGGGGGUGCACUUGUUGCAAAUUAUCCAUGGGAUGGCACUCAGGAUAAAAGGAAAAAUUACUUUGCAUGUCCCGAUGACGAAACAUUUCGGUUCUUGGCAAGUGUCUAUAGUGGCUCUCACCAUAACAUGUCCUUGAGCAAGGAAUUUGAAGGAGGGAUUACAAAUGGAGCUUCCUGGUAUCCUAUAUAUGGAGGCAUGCAAGACUGGAACUACAUACAUGCGGGCUGUUUCGAAUUGACAUUAGAGAUUAGUGACAACAAAUGGCCUAUUGCUAAUGAGCUUCUCACUCUUUGGGAAUACAACAAAAUGAGCAUGCUUAAUCUUGUUGCAAGCCUAAUCAAGACAGGAGUACAUGGAAGAAUCUUUUCAUCAGAUGGUGGGAGGCCGUUGCCAGGCUUUAUUGUAAUCAAGGGAAUAAAUUACACGGUUCAAGCUAGCAGAGGAAUUGCGGAUUACCAUCGCUUGCUUGCCUCUGGUGGCAGAUACGAAGUCACAGCUACUGCCCCUGGGUACAAAUCAAAGACAACAGGUAUCUGGUUGGACAAAGCAGGCACAAAUGUAGAUUUUGUUCUCGACCCUAAUGUCAAUCGCAGAGGAAUUCCACUUCGAAGCGCAUGUGAAUGCAGAUGGGGCACUAGGAGUGUCAUUUGGGAUACCCAUUUGGAAGUAUACUUGCUUUUGAUUGUUAUUGUAGGAUUCCUUUUGUUUUUAUGCAAGAGGAGGACAUACAGCCGAUUAAAACAGAGGCAGUUGGCAGGACCAAAAAGGCCAGUUGUGGUUUGAGGAUUGAUUUUCUACUUGUAUGGAUGCCCUUUAUUUUUGGGAGUCAGAAGGAAGCUUCAUUCAUUAAGAAGAAAGAAACCGGACGAUCAUAAAAAGACUAACAAAGAAAAGCAUACCUUUGCAAACUCAACGCAGCAAAUUUGCAACUUUGCAACGGCAGUUCUUAAAGCACCUCAUUUUUGUACAUAAGCAUGAGGCAAGGUCCAGCUUCUAUUACUUGUGUAGAUGAUAGUUGUGUAUUAUUUGGAUGUAUUUUCCAUUAGGAAGACUAGAAACUCUCAUUGUACUUAUUGUAUCUCAAGGUUCUUGGUUAUUAUCCAUACAUAUCCUGUUAGCAAUAUUUGACCUUUACAUGGAGGUCUUGCUCAUGAUCUUGGAAUAAUUUUGUGUUUUUUUUUGGGGUUUUUGUUUUCUAUUGUGGACUGACAU